CUUCCUGUUUCAAGUUGAUUUCUCGUGACAAAUCUUAUGACAUUUGGAUUGUGGAAACAAACACCAGCAGAUGCAGAACCAUGGCAAGCAACAAAUUCCAGAUCGUGGUUCAGGGAGAGGCGUCUGAAACGGACUCGGAUGAUGAAGUGUACAUGAACUCUGCUCCCGCAGUCCCUGCUUCAUUAUCCUCCUCCUCAUCUGGAAUGAAGGUGGCUGGAGAGGCGUCAGAGACAGACAGUGAGGAUGAGGAGGAGAGAGCGUGUAGACUGAUCUCUGAAAGCCAACAGCAGAUGCUCCGCAAAGACCUUCCUCCUCUCAUCGUCAUCAGAAACAGCCCAGCUACUGCCUGCGCACAAGAGGACAGAUCAUCGCCUGUGUCCAGACCCGAUGCAGGACGCUUCAGCACGUUGCUCCAGCAGAAACUCCAGGAGAGUAAUGCACGGCUGUGUGUGGACAUCAGUCAAAGCUUAAAACAGGUUUAUCAGAAUGCAGCCAGAGACAUCCGACAGGCGACCGGACACCUCAACAACUCUCAGACAGGCAUCAUCAACGCCUCACACAGCAUCAGACUCAUUCUGGAGGACCUGAAGUCCGUUUCAGAGAAGAUCGACAUCAUCACCAGCUGCAAACUGCUGCCGGACAUCACCAUGCCGAGCCCAGGGUCUGCACAGCCUUUGGCUAAUGCUGGACACUGAGUUCAGGAAGAUGCAGGUAAAGCACAAGUGGUGGGAAAUAUAGGCCUGCUGUUAACAUGCAUAAUAUGUAAAUGUAAUGUAUAUAAGUGAUGCUUUUUGAGAUCUUAUAUGCAGUGUGACGUGUUGAGAGUCUGCAGUCAUUAAUCAAUAAAGUCAUGAUUAGCAGUAAUCAACCUUUAAUUAAUAAGAUGGACAUAUCUGGGGGGAUUUGUGGGAUGUACUAAUUAGGAAAUAGAGGAAA